UAGUUUUCUGCGAUGUCAUCAUUUAACAGCGACUGCAUCGGAUCAAGUAUCCCUGAAUAAUGGAGAAUCAUCGGAGCAACGGUUUUCAGUCAGAGAGGUGCGAAUGGAAGUCCUCCAAAUGCGACCCUUCUCAGUGGAUUUCCUAAAGCUGCGUCAAAUCCCGCCAUUGUGAAUGGGCAUCACGGAACGAACGGAAAUUCUGCCAGUAUUAACGGCUUUCACGACGGUGCUUCCCAGCCUUCCCAUGCGGGCGAGCGUAUUCCAAAUGUUCGUAUCUUUUGGGACAUUGAAAACUGCCGCCUGCCCGCGAAUGUGCUGCCUCGUGAUGUGGCCACCAGGAUCAGGGAAGUGCUAUGCGAAGGACAGGGUCGAACGUAUGGGAUUUUCCGCUGUUGCUGUGAUAUUGUCAAAAUGAAGCUGAUAAAUCCCUUGUUUUCCCGUCAAUUUGAUCAGGCCAAUAUUCGUCUCACUAACAGCGAAUCUGGCGCUAAGAACGGCGCCGAUUUUCAGCUCAUCCAGGAAAUGCGUGACUGGGUUUCUCGGGCUCAUGUUGCCGAUGUUAUCGUGCUGAUUUCAGGUGACAUAAAUUUCGCACACUGCUUGGCCGAAUUUCGCAGCAAAAAUCGCCUGUACAUUAUCCUUUUUCAUCCUCCUCAAAUCAAUGAUGGAUUGCUGAUGCAUGCCCAUGAGCACUAUUUAUGGGAACAGUUCUUGAAUGGGUUAGGCGCUGUGCCUGCCACUCAAGCCCAAACGGGAAGAAGAUAGACAAGUUAUUAUCCGAGGCAUUCCUCCGGGGCGCACUUAUGAGCACGUUUACUCGCGAUUGAAGAACCUGUCCAGCAGCUAUGGUGGUAACAUUGAUCUGAGGAUGAGUGGAUUCAACCCGUACGCCAUCGCCACAUGUUCUUCCAUCAGUUAUGCUAAGCGGUUGAAGCAUGGAAUGCAUCUUGAGGAUUGUUUUGGCAGUAAACUGCAGACAUCGUACCGACCUGGUUCGUCUCUGUACAGAGAGGAUCACCCGUCGGAAGUGCGGGCCUAUCGUCCUUCUGAAUUUGGCCGUGUUUACCCACCAGUACAGCCGUCACUGCAUCCGUCCUACACCGAUCCAUGCCUGCCUUCGAAAGGCCGACUGCGAUUUGGUUUGAGCGCCUACCCGUCUAUUCCGUCCGAUUCUUCCAUACAGUAUGAAGCUCCUAUCCUUCCGGAUGGGAUGCCAGGGUUGAAUUCGGCGCCCGUUGAUCCCGCUCCGCUACCACCGACCACGCGGCCUACCAAGUCUUCCAUCAACGGGAGUAAUAAUUCCCAUAAACCGCCGCAUAUUGUUUUCGAUGCGCGCACCGCUGCGGCUCCGACAGUGCCGACGUCGGUUUUGAAGAAGGGCAAGCUCUCGGGUAUGCAGCGUUUCAUCUUGCAAGAUCAGGAGCGGCGUUUGGCGGCUGAACUGAAAGAUUUAGCGGUGUCGGAUUCGAACAAGGUCGAGUCAACGCCAACCACCCCACCAAGAGUUUCUGUAAAAACCACUAAAGACAAUGCUCCCGUUCCGGAAUUGAGCAUAGCUGAAAGCGCUCCUGUGAAGCAUCUGGUGGAUACAUCCGAUAAGACUGCAACAGAUGUGUACGUGACUAAUCUGGAUGUUACUACGGAUCGGGAUGUGCUGUGCGCGAAGUUGAUGCAACUUUUGGAACCAGUUGUUCCUAUUUCCUUCGUUUCCGUUUACCUGGAUCAGCUGGGUUUAGCGUUUGCGCAUGUUAUUGUGCUGGGCAAAGAUAAUGUGGAAAAGUUGUUGAAUUUCGCCAACAAUACUGUCUUUGGUGGAAAACGAUUGUCGGCAUCUCUGGAUGAUCCUAGUCUGCCGGUCCCGGAGAUUGUGCAGCGCUCUAUCGUGGAGAUUUUUAAAAUCCACAAAAGGACGAGAUGGCUUAUAUGGAUUUGGUCAGAUACUUUGAGUUGGAACACGAUGUAAUCUUGGACUUGCGAACGAUUCGAAAAAUGUCCAGUAUUGUGGAGGAUUUGGGCAUGAUGGGAGAAAAUGGGUGCGCCUUCGCGGUGCCGGAAUCGCUUUGAUUGCAGUGACUGCUGCGGCCUUUCGUGAUGGAAAAUGUAGUUGAGCGUAUUAAUUUAUUUGCUGGAUGUCUGUAGGGCAAGCCUCGCCUGAAAAAGGUUAUUGUGAAACCCAUUGUGCUGGUUUGGAUAAACACAAAGCGUUCCCAAAGAAGCAGUAUAAUCCAAGCAGCUUGUAUCGCACGUCAUUUGGUUUGGCCAUUUUUAAGGACCAUAUCAUCGAACUACUCAAGCAACAUGGCCACGCUAUGCCAAUCAAUUCGUUUUUGAUCUGUUACGAAGCUUUAUACCCGAAACUUUUGGUGGAGGACUUGAAUGUUAGUGUUUAUUUGGAGCAUCUGUUGCGGAGCGUUCCUGGUGUCUCCAUUAAGCAAAAGGCACUGGAACCACGCAAACUGAUCUUACGAACCGGCGUUGAAAAUGGCAGUUCGAGUGAAGAAAACAACGACUUUGCUGAUGAUGUUGCGGGAAUUUUGACAUCGACCGAAAGAGCUGCGUAUCCUGUGCAGAUGUUCAUGGACCGCUAUCACACUCUUAUCGGUCUGGGAAGCGGGUCCCGUAUCUGUACUCGCUACAUAGACCACGAUGUAUUGCUGUGAGAAUUGCAGGAUGUGACGAAAGAUAUUCAGGUGGUAGGACUGGGAGCUUUUCGUAUUGUGACGCUGACGCACGAAUCCCAGAAGCGCCGUUUCAAGGUGGAUCUGGCCCUUGUGCAGGAAAAAUAUCCGCCGAGCUCGAUUACAGCGGAUAACUUGCCGAACGCUAUCGUGGCGUGAUGGGGCGGUCUUUUGCGGCCAAAAACUAUGGAGUAUGCCAUUUAGAGGACCUGUUCGACGGAAUAUAUGUCCCCUAUUUGGCGCCAGAAGCGACUCCGUUCUAGUUUAUUUAUCGUUUUAUUGGCCAACUUUUUGGCUUAUUUUGAAGUUUUAUCUACUCUUUGGCUUGUUUUGAACUUUAUGCGACGUAAGAACUUUUAUUUUUUGGCUUUUAUGCGUUCUGAACUUUAUGCGUUGUAUGCGACGUACGAAAAACGUAAGUAAACUUGCCAGUUUAUUACGCUCAGACGUCUGUAACGAUGGAUCCUGAUGAUACUAAUUACGUAUUCUUUUUACACUAAUUACGUAUUUUUUGCGACAGACCAAUACACUUGGAUGGACUUGA